UUUCCAUAUUUGUUCAGCCUCCGUAAUUCGAAUAGCAGGGCAGGCUCGGCCCGCCCCGCGCCGCGCUCCAGGGCCCCGGGCGCCGCCCGCGCACCCACCUGCCCACCCGCGCACCCACCCUCGCAGCCGCCAUGGGGAAGGACAAGAAGCCCCGUGGGCCGCAAAGGCAGGGGGGGCCGCCGGCCGCCGACGCCGCCGGGCCCGACGACAUGGGGCCGAAGAAGGGCAAGGGGGCCCCCAAGGAGCGCGGGGAGGAGGAGGCCCGGACGUGCUGCGGCUGCCGGUUCCCGCUGCUGCUCGCCCUGCUGCAGCUGGCCCUGGGCAUCGCCGUGACCGUGGUGGGCUUCCUCAUGGCGAGCAUCAGCUCCUCCCUGCUAGUCAGAGACACUCCAUUUUGGGCUGGGAUCAUUGUCUGCUUAGUGGCCUAUCUUGGCUUGUUUAUGCUUUGUGUCUCGUAUCAAGUUGACGAACGAACAUGUAUCCAGUUUUCUAUGAAACUGCUGUACUUCUUGCUGAGUGCGCUUGGCCUGACGGUGUGUGUGCUGGCCACGGCCUUUGCUGCCCACCACUAUUUGCUGCUCACACAGCUUACCUGUGAGACCGCACUCCACUCCUGCCGGUGCCAACUGCCCUCCUCGGAGCCACUCAGCAGGACCUUUGUUUACCAGGAUGUGACUGACUGUGCCAGCGUCACUGGCACUUUCAAACUGUUCUUACUCAUCCAGAUGAUUCUUAACUUGGUCUGCGGCCUUGUGUGCUUGUUGGCCUGCUUUGUGAUGUGGAAACACAGGUACCAGGUCUUUUAUGUGGGUGUGAGGAUGCGCUCCCCAACAGCUUCCAAAGGCCAGCAGCAAAAGGCCUAACAUUCUUGCUCAGAGUUGGGAGAGAAAACAGCACACUGACUAGCUGAGGUUAAAAAAACCCUUUUUUUAAAAGAAAGAAAUGAAAGAAAUCUCUUUUGAUAAUACAUAAUAUUUGCUGUUCUAAAUGAAUAUUUUUAUAUUUUUCAAACAACAAAAGAGAAUUUCUUCGGGUUUCUAUUAUAUUUUUUAACAAUCUUGUGAGGAAAACAAGAUCCAAAUUGAUUUGGGGGAUAUGAAAAGUUAAAAGAACACUGAGCAGGGAAAGAGUGGCAUGGAUCUAUCUUUACAGGCUGGAAUUUAUUCCUAAUACUCGUUUUAUCCAUUACUUAUAUAAUCUUCUUUUAUGUUAGCAUAUUUUGAUGGUGUGAGUUGGUGUUUCAGGCCCACUUGCUAAACUUUGUAGGAUCUUCCUUGGGUCCUCACCACCUGCCACCAUUAUCAUGUGUGUUGGAGAAAUGCAGGGGGUAGGAGAAGAGUUGAACGCCAGGCUGAAUCUCUUUGUGUUCCCUGGUGGGGAUGUCUGCAAGGCAGAACUAGCCUAAAGAGCAGAGCAGAAAAGGAAGAGACUUGGCAAAAGGCUAAACAAUGAUAAACACCUGGGCUGGGGCGGCACCUCUUCCACUCUCUUAGUUCAGCUCUGGAAGUAAAUCACUUGCUAAAUACUUUGAAUGACUGUCUGCUUCUCAGUAAUUGAAAGGUGGUGGUAGUUGUAUUCUUAACAAUGUGGAAGGUUUAAAAAUAAUUACAUUAUGCUUCUAUUCUAUCACCUAAAACAAAUCAUUAAAACUAAUGUCUAACUAAUUGUUAAUUAUAAUUAUGCACAGACGUCUAUUUAAUGAGCUCUGGCUGUACUUAGGCAGCACUGUCGGUGUUAAGAGAAAUUAUUCUCACAAGAGAAGAGGCCUAAGGAUUCUUUCUUCUGGAAGCCAUACAAUUACAAGGGAAAAAAGUUUUUUUUUUAAAUUACUAGCUCAGGUUAAAAACACAUAUGUAAGCAAAAGCAAGAGCAUCUGUAAUACGAAAUGUUUACACAAAUAGCACAUUUGUGAUCUGUUGAAAAGUAUGUCUCUUGGCAACUAAGUACGCCUGAGGAAGACUGGGUAAUGCCUAAUGCUGAUCUGUUCUGUUCACGCAGCUAUAGUUGAUAUGUAAUCCUAUUAUUGAUUUGUAAGCACAGUCAACCUAGAGACUCAAAAUACUGUUUUGAAGUCCUUAUUUGAGCAAUGUGUUCAUGGACUUGGAGGGUAGUUUUGUUUUGUGACUAUGGGUACGACUUGAAGCACAAGUUCCCUAUGGUGGGAGACUUCUCUCUCCUAUUAUUGUUACUAUUAAAUUCUUAACAAUGUCAAUGUUUUAAGAAAGGAGCUCAAGAUGGAAAUUCAUGCAGCAUAAAUGUUAUCAUGAAACUUCUCUAUUAGUAUGUAAUGUCAAAAGCAGAAAUUCAAGGUAAUAAUUGAGCCCAAUUUACCUCUCCAAAUUGCCUACUGAUAUCCUUUACUAAUCAUGAAAUUCUACCUGAAAAGAAAAACAUUUUCUUGUUUACCUUAGAAGAUAGAUGAAUAAUUCCAUUGACUGUGUUAAUGAUGCCCAUUUCUACACAAUGUAAAUAUCCAAAUAAAAAGGGAAAUGUUAAGUCAGGAAGCUGGAGUAUUGUAAAUACCUUUAGGUCUUCCAGAUAAAACUCCUGACUAAGAUGUUAAAACCAUUUUAUGUUUCAACUUGCUUUAAAAAUAGCCUCCCUACACAUUAACUCAGGCUAAGAAGGUACAUUGAAGAGUUUAGUGGGUAAGACUCUGGAGCUGGACUGAUCACAUACAAACAUUACAUUGACAGAAUACCAAGCAUCCUGAUGGUGACCUGAAAAAUACUUUGUGUCUUGCUAAAAAAUUCCCAAUAACUGAAUCCAUUUUGAUUUUUGACAGAGUUUCCUACAUAAAGUAGAGAAUGAGAAUCUGGAAUGUUGUAGGCUGCCUUUGAAGAGUAAGAAAGUAGUAGUGCUCUAAUGCUAGUUACCAUGAAUCAGGCACCGCUGGAAGUACACCCUGAACAUGCUUAAUAACUUUGUACAGAGAACACUACAGGUUUGUAUAUUACAAAAUGAAGAUUCUUCACAUCAUUAAGGUGCUCUAUGCUUUACAAGUGAUUCACAGAGCAUUUCAGAUGGUAGAGUAACUUUAGCUUAUGUACUUCCUUUUUCUAAAUAAUGCAACCUAUAAGAAUUCACAGAUUAAUAAGCUUUAUAAUGGUAGAAUAGCCAGGAGAUAUAUGUAUAUUUAUGUGGAUAUAUAUAUAUCCAUAUAAAAUCCAUAUAUCCAUAUAUGUAUAUGGAUUUGCUAUUGUCUGAUCAAAUCAUUAAAUCCCCAAAGAAAAAAAUUGUAAGUGAAUAGAAGGAACAAAAACAAAAAAGAAAGAGAGAUUCCUCUGCUGUGAGCUCACUGUAUAUUGAUACAUGUAAGAAUUCUGUUGCAUGAAUAACAAACUGCUUUGGGCUGGAUUUGAAGUAUUUUGAUGUUGUGUUUUGCAAAUAUUGAAGUUACAAUAAUGGCAACAGAAAAGGAACAGAUACUCAGCUUUACACUUAGCAAAAUGUUACAUUUAAAAUCUGACAGGGAGCCAAGAUGGUGACUGUCUCUCCUAAACUAUAAAACAGUAAGAUUUGCGCAAUCCUCCUCCUCUUCCACCUCCUUCAGGAAAAUUAAAUGAAUCAAGACUUUGGAAGGAGGGAGAACAGCCGGGACUUGGCACUACUUGAAAUAGGAGGAAUACAGCAGCCUGAAUGUACAGACUCUGUAACCGGGCCCACUCGAUCGGCCUGUGCCUUCACGUGACCGCCAUCUGUGCCUCCCUCGCUCCAUCCAAAUCUGUGUAGGCAGCUUCUUGGAACCACGCCUAAAAAUAUAGCUACACAGGGCCCUAGAUACUGUAGGCAAGUAACAGGCCUAACUUUUUUUCCUCUUUGGAUCGAAAGUGUAUAUGCUCUCUUUGGAGGAGUCUGCAGCUGCACACAUCAUGUGCUGUUCUGAGAGCAAGAACCCCUUAUGUCUGUGUUUUCUAUUCAUGUCUAGGAUACCAGAAUCUUUUAAUAUUCUUGUAGUUCCCUUUUGUGUGCAGUAUAUCUGGAGUAUGUUCAUAAAAUUUCAGUAAAGGGUGGGAUGGAGAUUAUCCAAGGGAGAUUCUGAGGGACAACGAUGGAGUGGUUAAAGAUAAUGAGAAACUAGCUUAAAAGCUGCCCUGCAAAACCUAUUAUUUUCCAUCGUGAAGAAUACCUUUAUAUUUUCUAGUGACUGUCCCUGAACUUUUGCAAUGUAGCCACAAAUUUCUGUAAGUCAUGCUGGCUAUCAGUUUUCACUAUACGCAAAGAACUCUACUAUGUUUUUAGAUGUACAUUGUAUAUUCAGGAUAGCAUUAAAAAGAACUGAUAGCUUACCCAUAUUGACUUGCAGUGGAAAAAUUCAUUUGGAUGAAGACUUAGUGGUUUAGCCUUUGAAAUAAAUACCUUUAUUCAUUUCUUCUGAUUUUCUAGUACUUUAUUAUCUCAAAUGAUUAUUAUCCCCUUCAAAAAUAUUCAUCUGUACUUUAGUGUUGUGGUUUCAUUCUUCUGGCAUCAAUCAAAUAGCAAAUAGGAAGUAAGUUUUUCUACAUGGUUGAGAUGGUGGUUUUUAAAGGGGAUGUGUAGAAUGCAGAUUUUCUUUAUUAAUAAAAUUUUCACUAUCCCUGAAAACACCGUGUCUGGAUGUGCUUUAAAGUGGCUGUAUGUUACACUUGAAUUGGUACACAUAAAAUCUCUUAGGUUAGCAUUAACUUCAAAAAUUUGGUUUUGGAAUAGAUAAGAACUCAUAUUCAUUUUGACUCCUUUGUUUCAGUGACUGUCUCUGUUUUGGAACUCUGCUUCCAUGGUGGAAGUCAAGAUUGUAAUUGCUCCUUAGGCAAAGAGAGUCUGAGCUGGAAAAAAUCUUGUGAAAGGUACCUGGAAUGCUGAUUCUUAAUUAUAUUUAUUAAUGUCAAAUAAAGCUUGGCCUAGAGAAUGGGA